UAUUUUGCUUUUAAGUUUGUAAAAAAUGUCAGUUUAUAAUGCCGAUCCUUGGCAAGUAAUAAACAACAAUAAUAUUGAAAAAGAGGCAAAAUCAAGUGCAAAUAUAAUUGAAAAGUUUGAGGAUAAUUUUAAUCCUGAUAAGUCGUCUUUAGAACCUUUACCAGACUCAGCAAAUUAUUUGCAUUCCCUUGAGAAAAAACUGCAAAAAGUACAAAAGGGUGCCAAAUUGCUGGACUCACUGCAGGAGAAGAAACACGAUUGCAUGCGACAACUGCUGUCAGCGAACGGUGUCCCAGAAUCAACACUUGACCAGCUGCUAGAGCUAGAUACGCCUAUUGAAAGUGGACGAUUGCAUAGACACUUACUGCCUGUGCAAGCGGUGAGCGUAGGCGAGACAUUACCUAUAGUGCAGCACGACUCCUUGGAGCAGCAGUCAACUGCAGAGGAAGCGCCAGAGCAACAGCAGUAGAAGACACAAUGGAGUCGAGGUUUG